GCAUGUCGAUGUACCUAGGUAGUAACACAAAUGACGAAUUAACUUAAUUCAGUAGACAGUAGACAAUAGACAGCUGGCAACUGCUACUCGCCGUUGCGAAAACCGAAUAACUUCAUGAGGGGUAACAUCCUAUUUAGAAGUAUCCAACUCACUCUCCCUAAGUUAAAGUCACCGUCGUCGUCUUUACUGGUGCACAUUCAUUUACGACGCUUUAGCUUUAUCCCCGCGAAAUCCAUGGCCCCUCGUGACCCAAACACCCUAGCCAACUAUGGCGAAUGGCGCAUCAAACACACGACUGUCAAUUUCAAGGUUAAUUUCGAGAAACAACGUCUACAAGGUUCUGUCCUCUUAGAAUUCAAUUCCUUGACGGAUAAGAAAAGCCGUGAGAUUAUCCUUGACACGAACCAUCUAGCGAUUUCGUCGGUCAAGGUCGACGGUGCUAAUACGCAGUGGGUCAUCGAGGACCGGGUUGAGCCAUACGGCGCACCGCUUCAUGUUUCCGUACCGGAUGGGGUACCGCAGGGAGAGGCCGUCAAGCUGGACAUUGCUCUAGAAACUACCGAGCACUGUGUUGGUUUGCAAUGGAUGACCCCGGCUCAGACUGGAAACAAGAAACAUCCAUAUGUCUACUCACAAUGCCAAGCUAUUCUAGCCCGGUCUAUCUUCCCGUCUCAAGACACCCCGGAUGUUAAAUCCACAUUCACCUUCAACAUCACAUCGCCGCUGCCGGUAGUGGCGAGUGGAGUACCGGUACCCUCAGACACUAAGGGAGAGGAACAGGGCGAUAAGCUGUUCCGCUUCGAGCAGAAGGUUCCUAUCCCCUCAUACUUGUUCGCAUUAGCUUCGGGAGACCUUGCAACCGCGCGCAUCGGGAAGAGGUCUGUGGUUGCAACGGGACCAGAGGCCCUUGAAGACGCGAAAUGGGAAUUUGAAGCAGAUAUGGAUAAAUUCCUCGAAGUGGCGGAAAACUUGAUUUUCGACUAUCAAUGGGGAGAGUACAACGUCUUGGUCCUACCCCCGAGUUUCGCCUAUGGAGGAAUGGAAAACCCCAUCUUCACUUUUGCUACACCGACUGUUAUCAGUGGGGAUCGUCAAAAUGUUGACGUGAUCGCACACGAAUUGAGCCAUAGUUGGAGCGGCAACCUUGUGGGGUGCGCAUCUUGGGAACAUUUCUGGUUGAAUGAAGGUUGGACCACCUAUCUCGAACGCCGUAUUGGCGCCGCCGUCCACGGUGAACCCCAAUUUGACUUCUCGGCCAUCAUUGGCUGGAAAGCGCUUGAGGACUCCGUUUCAGUAUUGGGAGCAGACCACGAGUUUACCAAACUCAUUAUCAAUCAUAAGGGGGUAGAUCCUGAAGACGCCUUUAGUACGGUACCCUAUGAGAAAGGUUUCCAUUUUCUCUAUUACCUUGACCGCUUGGUCGGUAGAGAACAUUUCGACAAGUUUAUCCCACACUAUUUCCAUACGUGGGCGAACAAGUCUCUAGACUCAUUUGAAUUCAAGCAGACUUUCUUGAACUUCUUCGAGGCUUAUGGCAAUGCGGAGAUCAAGGAGAAGAUCGCUCAAAUUCCUUGGGAAGACAGAUUCUACAAGCCAGGCUUGCCACCAAAGCCCGAAUUUAAUACGGCUUACGUCGAUACUUGUCUCGCAUUAGCUGAGAAAUGGAAGAACGAGGAUUACCAACCAAGCCCUAAAGAUAUUGAGUCGUUCUCAGCCAAUCAAACACUCGUCUUUUUACAAGCCAUACAAAACUUCCCAAAGCCCCUAAGUGCAGAGAGAUCGCAUCUCCUUGGAACUACCUACAAUGUUACUUCCUCGAAGAACGUCGAGUUGAAGUCAGCGUACUAUGUCAUUGCCCUGCAGGCUCAAGAUAAACAGGAAUUUCCUGGUAUCGUCGAGCUCUUGGGUUCUGUUGGCCGUAUGAAGUUCGUCAAACCUCUAUAUAGGAAGCUAAACGAACUCGAUAGGGACUUGGCAAUUAAGACAUUCCAAGAUAGCAAGGACUUUUAUCCGUCCACAACGAGGGGACAGAUAGAGAAGCUCUUAGGUUUGAAGUAGGUGCUUUCUCGGCCUGCUUGAAUUGAAAAUAUUGAAAUGGUACUUACUAAGGUCAUUUGGUAUGACUACUUGCUCGUCAGGCCCCUAAAUGACAAUUCACAUGUUGAAGUCUGAUGACCACGUAACUCUAAUAAGUCAGACCCCUAUAAUAAGGGGCGAUAUUAGUUAGUAUAAUUGAUAAAAUACAGCUGGCUAAAUUGAGUUUGUCAGCUGGCAGCAUAGAAGCAGUACAGCAGCUUAAUUGCACUAAUCUUAG